AUGUUUUGCUAUUAUAUUCUACUUAUAUUUUUUUUAUUUUCUAUUAUAUGGGGUGAUGGCAUUGAAAAUGAAGGAAUUAGGCCUCAAUCUUUUAAUGCAGGGAAAAAUAAUUUGAUUGAUUAUUACAUUGGUAAAUUAAAUAAAAAUACAAACGAAAUCGAAAAAGCUGACGAAUCAAUUAGUAAACAUUUUAAUAUCAUAUUGAAAAAUAUUACUUUUUCUACUGAAACGACUCCAGUUGAAUUAGAAGAAUGGAUAUCAACUACAAAGUCAGAAUCGUUCCAAAGAGUCUUACACAAUAUCAAUGAUAAAUCAUUAUGGGGUGAUUCAAACAUAAAUUUCAAAGAUAGAAAAGAUAUUCCAGAAGGUGUUGUUAUUGCUUCACCAUCUAAAAAAGAUCCUGAUUAUUUCUAUCAAUGGGCAAGAGAUAGUGCUUUAGUUUUAAAUUCUGUCCUCACAAAAUUAUUUGAUAUUCCAAAGGAAGAAUUAUUAACCGAAAAUAAGAACACUUUGAAAUAUAACGAGACUCUUUUCAAUACUAUGAUGAAAUAUAUCAAUAAUACUUAUUAUUUACAAAGAUUAGAUAAUCCAUCAGGCAAGUUUGAUGGUGUUAAUAAUAAAAAUUUAGGUGAACCUAAAUGGAAUUGUAACAAUACAGCAUUCGUACAAGGUUGGGGUAGACCACAAAAUGAUGGUCCAGCAUUAAGAUCAAUGGUUAUAUUGAAAUUUCUAAUUAAGUUACACUCGAUUAAAAAUUCGCUAAAUGUAGAAUUACCAGAUAAACUUUUCCAUCCAUUUUUCUCCAGUGAAUGGGAAAUAUUUAAUGAUAUUAUUAAAUAUGAUAUAGAAUUUAUUAUAAAAAAUUGGAAAACUGAUGGGUUUGAUCUUUGGGAAGAAGUAUACGGUAAUCAUUUUUUUACUAGCAUCAGUCAGUUAAAGGCAUUACAAUUAAUAAUUAAAUACUUGGAAAUUAGUGGAUUUACAACAACUAAUUAUAGGAAUGAAUUAAAUGACUUUAAGGAGACUGCCACAAAGAGUUAUUAUAAAUUAUUAAAUUAUGUUUUUUUCGAAGGUGAAUACAUUGAUUCUAAUAAAAACUUCUUAAUUGAAUCACCAAUACAAUUUAGAAAUGGUCAACGUUCUGGUUUAGAUAUUGCUAUUCUAUUAGGCUCAUUAUAUACUCAUGAUGAUGAAGAGUAUGGAAAUUCAGUAGAUAUAAAUGAGACUGGACUAUUCCCAUUUGAUGUCAAUGAUUCCAUGGUACUAAACACAUUAUACAAUUUAAUGCAAUCCAUGAAAGGCAUCUAUCCAAUUAACAAUAGAUACUUUGGGGUCAACACAGGGGUUGCAUUAGGAAGAUAUCCAGAGGAUGUAUAUGACGGUGUUAAAGUAUCAGAGGGCAAUCCUUGGUUUUUAGCAACAUUAUCAGCAUCUGAAAUUUUAUACAACGUAAUUUAUAAAUAUCAAGUUAACAAGAGAGAUUUAGUGAUUCCAUUAAAUUCUAUGAAUAACCAAUUUUGGGAAACUCUCUUCAUCAACUUAAAUGAAGAACAUUUGAAUCUACAACUUUCUAAAGAAGAAGAUGAUAAUAAUUCUACAGGAAAUUAUUUAAUUGUCCCAUAUGAAUCCAAAAUGUUCAAUGAAACCAUGAAUUCUUUACACUUAUUGGCAGACUCUUUCCUAGAUAGAGUAAUGACCCACCAGGGAAAGAAUUAUGAAAUGAGUGAACAAUUUAACAAGUAUACUGGAUACCUCCAAGGAGCUGAACACCUAACCUGGUCAUAUUCCGCAUUCUGUUCUGCUUUAACUGCUAGAGAUAGAGUGAUACAUAUGUAG